AUGGUUUGCGGGAACUCCACUGCCACCAGCACUGGCAUGGGCCGAGGCCCUAUAGAAGCAGCUAAAGAUGUUACAGAAGAAUCAAUAACAGAAGAUGACAAGAGGAGAAACUAUGGAGGAGUCUACGUUGGCCUUCCAUCUGAAGCUGUCAAUGUGGUGUCCAAUCAAGUAAAGACUGUGCAAAAAAAUUAG